AUGAAGUUUCAGAGAAGUCCCGGGGACGGCCGGCGGGGACGGCCGCAGGGACCCCGCACCUCAGCUGCUCGGUCCCCUCCGCUGUCAGGCCUCGUGUCCCUCCUGAAGCCAUUCGCUGCUGGGGCGCAGGUGGCCGCACCUCCUGAAGAUGUUUCUGUGUGGGGUGGCCGGUGCGUGGCGGCGUCGGAAGCCCCGGCUGCACAGCCCGGGCCGACCAAGCCGCUCCUGUUUCCGCUCUGCGCCGUCCUCCCCGCCCCAAGCCGCGCUACUGCGGGAUCAGCAGCGAAACGUGAGGGCGCAGCAGUUCGGGGGUCAGGUCCCGCUAGCUGCCCCCGCUAUUUUCAGUCGCGUUUGUGUCCUGCUCUCUCCCUGCCUCCCUCCUCCUUCUUCCCUUCUGCUUCCGCCCUCCCUCUUCUGCACACCUCCCUUGCUCUCCCUCCCAGGGAAGCAAACAGCCGCCUUGUUGCCGGCAGGGACACACUCAGGAGCGAGCGAUUCCGCCGCUUCCAGGACAGCAGCCCCGGCCCGAGGCGGAACUGUGACCCUCUGGUUACCUCUGUUUCCUUUCGGCUGUUACACUUGGGGGUCACUUGUCACCCAGCAGCAGGUGACACAUGCACAGCCCUCAUGGUGUCUGCCGUGCUCUUGCGCCAACUGCACAGAGCAGCCUGCAGUGUGGGACCCGCUCUUCGAGGUCCCUGUGCCCGAUGAGGAAGCUCGGGCAGCAUCCAGGCCUCCGUUGUCUUGAGGACUCUGGGCCUCUCUGGAGACCGUGCCCCACCCCAGUGGGCAGAGCGCUGAAGCCGGCUGUGCCAGUGCAAAUGGGAGAACCUGACCCGACGGCCACUUAGAGCCUCCCAGAAUGCUGGGAUGACAGGCGUGCACCGUCAUGCCCAGCUGCACUGUCAACUAUCACCAAGCAAGUCGUGGCCCGUUCCAGAGUCCAAAGGUGGGGAGACAGACCCCGGGGCCUGAUGGGAGAUCCACCUGCCACGCUGGAAGUGUGCACGUACUUUGCUGGGUAGCACAAGCACGCGAGCAGUGUCCAUGCAGUUCUCUUCCCGCUGUGUUACUAAAGUGACCGCUGAGGGUACAGCUGUGAGAUCUGAAGACCAAGCUUGGUUCCCAGCGCUGAAAUGUUACCAUGCCCGUGGUCCCGAGAGCUGUUUGCCUCUCAGAAGCUUCCUCUGCUCCCCUGCAGACUGCCCCGCGCCUGCCGCUCCCCAGUGCACAGCUGCUGCCUUCUGCUCUGUGGUUAAAUUGGAGGCAGAAGAGGGGCAGCCGGGGGGGGGG